CUGUCUAUAGCCCGAACAUGGCCUUAGCGAGUGACCUAUUUAUUGAUGCAAUAUUUACAGGUGCUUUUGCCACUCGAUCCCGCCUUUCAUUUUCUGGUCCAGGGUCAUUUCUGGGUCGGACCCGUAUCUGUUCAGUUACAAUCGUAGGGCAUUAUGUUCAGGAUGUUAUUUUCUAAAGCCACAUAAUACAGAGUUAGUCUAAGUGAAUUAAGAUAAUAGUUCAUGGGAAAUAAUAAUAGAAUGAAAUCUCUAGUAAUAUGUACCCUUAUUCGUAUUUGCAAAAUACUUCAGCGUCAGACUGUACUUAGGAGACAGGAUGCCACUACCAAUCUGCGGCCGGACCGGACGGAGACUAUUGCUCCGCGUUAGAGUCGCGCGGGCUUCCUUAUAUGUGCGUCAACAUGCAUAUGCGCUACUGCUCCACAAUAAGGAUCUACGGGAACCUGUAGAAAAUCGGUAUCGUUCUAUGGCAAGCACUAUUAAUCGUC